AUGCCGGGGUGCGUUCGAGUGAGGAAGGCUCAGGUUCGACAAUUGGAGGCGACACUGGCAAAGGUCAUCGAACGCUUCUGCCAAUGGGUCGCCAUCGGAAGCACAGGAGCCGGAUGCUUCGCGGUGCCGCAGAGUGAAGCGCUGCUCCAGCUCUGGCAGGGAACACUCCGAAGCGAGGUUUUCCAGAGCAUCAUGGAGGAAGACACCGAAGCCGACAAUCUGCUGAACCGGAUGGCCCGACUCACUCUUCGACGACGGCUUCGCUGUCCUUAUUCACUCCUUUGGCACGACUUCUUCGAGAAGGCAAUGAACCUCGCGCAGGUUGGCGGGCGCCAGGAAGCGGGACACGAUCCGUGGCAGCGGAUGCGCGAGAUUUGCCGAGUCGAUGGACAGGACAUGACCAGGUGGUUCGGUCCGGAUGCUUGUCAAGCGUAUGGCCACGAUGCCAUUCUGCUGGCAGCGCUGGAGACGAAUUUGAAGCUGGAGCCUCAUGAUAUGGACCUGCUGUUGGAGGUCGUGUUCAUCUAUGCCAGGAAGUCCGUUCAAGGCAUCCUUGUUGGCCCCGACGUGCACAUGGCGAUUCGAAAGCUGUGGCCCAUCCUGCCUCAUUUGGCCAAGCUGGGGUCAUUGGGGCUCAUGACCCCAAUCCUGGCUGCGCUGCGCUCCGAGGACACCACCGACGGCUUCUUCGAAUCUAUUGCGGAUGCUGCCGUGAACGCCGUCUCCUCUGACAGGUGUCGGCCGUCAGCCGUGCUGGAUCACCAGCUCAAGGAAAUUGAACUGCUGUUGACGGCGCUGAGCCAGAUCACAGCAGGCAGCUGCUCCAGCAGCCGAAUUGUCCAGGAGAAGGAGAAGUUUCAGUCGUUGCGGCUGGUAUUGGUCCAGUUGGUCCUGCCGCUUAAUUUGCAGCCCCCGAUCAAGCAGCUCUACGAAGCAAUGACUGCUCUACAGACCGGCAGGUUUCAGUUGAGCCAGGUUGGCGAGAUUGUCCUGGGCCUAUGGCCUGGGAGUAAGCCUUGGUACCAGCGUAUGUUCGAUCGGAGCGGGCAGCGUGAGUUGCGGGUGGACGAAGAGAAAGUGGCCGCGGUCCGACAUUUCUUCAGCACAACAUUGGUUCAGACGCCCGGAUUGGAGGCAGAGUUGGACAUGGCACUCUACCUAGCCACUGGCACAGCAGCGAACCAUGAAGAGGCGAAAGUUGCUGCGUUGCAGUGGCUCGAGUCAUGCCUUGGCGGGUCCUUGCUGAGCUGCACCUCAAAGAUACAGCUCGCGCGGCGCCUUCUGUCCAGCCACGCACCCCGAGUUCGUUCUGCUCUGGAGGAUCUGCUGCUGAAGGAGUACCAACAG